UUCUCUUCCUUCUCCACAAGGUAGUCACACACCACUAAGGAAGGACACUGUUAGCAGUGGAAAGUAUAGCUUAGAUGGGAAAAAUGCAAGUCUUGGGUGUAGUUGCGGUAAUAUUAGCACUGUACUGUGUACAUGCAAAAGUUUACUUUCGGGAGGAGUUUCUGGAUGGUGAUGAGUGGACAAGUCGCUGGCUGAACUCUAAGCACAAAUCUGACUAUGGAGAGUGGAAGCUAACGGCUGGCAACUUCUAUGGAGAUGCUGAAAAAGACAAAGGUCUGCAAACAAGCCAGGAUGCUCGUUUCUAUGCUCUCUCGGCCCGUUUUGAGCCUUUCAGCAAUGAGGGCAAGCCUUUGGUCAUUCAGUUUACAGUAAAGCACGAGCAAAAAAUCGACUGUGGUGGUGGCUAUGUGAAGGUCUUCCCUGCUGACUUGGACCAGGCUGAGAUGCAUGGAGACUCCACAUACUACAUCAUGUUUGGCCCUGAUAUCUGUGGCUACAGCACCAAGAAAGUCCACGUCAUUUUCAAUUACAAGGGCAAGAAUCACCUCAUCAAGAAAGAGAUUAAGUGCAAGGAUGACGAGCUGACCCACCUGUACACGCUGAUCCUGAAUCCAGAUCAGACCUAUGUGGUGAAGAUUGACAACGAGAAGGUAGAAUCUGGCAGUCUGGAGGAUGACUGGGACUUUCUCCCUUCUAAGAAAAUCAAGGACCCUGAAGCCAAGAAGCCAGAGGACUGGGAUGACCGUGCCAAGAUUGAUGAUGCUGAUGACACCAAGCCUGAGGACUGGGACAAACCUGAAAACAUUCCAGAUCCUGAUGCCAAAAAACCUGAAGAUUGGGAUGAGGAUAUGGACGGCGAGUGGGAGCCACCCAUGAUCCCCAACCCAGAGUACAAGGGGGAGUGGAAACCCAAACAGAUCGACAACCCCAACUACAAGGGACCCUGGGUGCAUCCUGAGAUUGACAACCCUGAGUACAGCCCAGAUUCAAACAUCUACAAAUUCGGCAACGUUGGUGUUCUAGGCCUUGAUCUUUGGCAGGUGAAAUCAGGUACCAUCUUUGACAACUUCCUGAUCACAGACAGUGUGAAGGAAGCAGAGGACAUCGCAAAGGAGACAUGGGGUGUGACAAAAGAGCCAGAGAAAAAAAUGAAACAGGAGCAAGAUGACCUGAAGCGAAAAGAAGAAGAGGAGAAGAACAAAGAGCAAGACACUGAAGAUGAUGACACUGAUGAAGACGGUGCAGAAGACAUAGAUGAGGAGGAAGAAACAAAGGAAGACAUAGAGGAAGUACUUUCAGAAAUGGAUCCCAAAGAUGAGCUUUGAGGAGGUGUGGCCAGAUAUUUUUUUUCUGUCCCUCCUUUAGAAACUCUGUCCUUUAUUUCCCAGGGGUAUUGUGGCUGCUGUGCAUCCUUCCCCUGAGAUUUGGACGUAACCCAACUUGGGGGCAAAUGUCAUGUAGAAUGGCAAAAUGGGUGUUAAUGGACUUAGUUUCUCUUUUUAUUUUGGUCAUGAUAUUACCACGUUUCCCCUGAAUUAAUGGAUUGAUUGUAAGGUUUUCUACCCAAAAAUUCCAUUUCCCAUUUUCUAAUAAUAAUAAGAGAAUAAGGAGGCACUGACAUCUUGAUUUUUCUUGAUUCUGUGAUGUUAUUUGCAGAUUCCAUUGCAUAGGUUUCAGUUUGCCAGAGCUGUGACUAAAAUGACAGUUGAGAUUUGCGGACAAAAUCUAUUAGCCAUUCAGAUUUUAACUUUUCUCUUGCUGCCUGGUGAAACAUAAAAUGCACAUAACUAGACAUACAAUACACAAGCUGUAGCAAUCAUAAAAUACAGACAAAUCAAAACUGUAAUGUAACUCAUUUUGGUUAUGUCUGUCGCACUGAUGUUUUUUUUUUCCCCUUCUGAACUCUUGAAUGAAGUCAUUAUGCAGAAAUUAACCUUUAUCAGAGUGCCCAGUUAAAUUGUUUUUCUACAUUGAAACAGUGUGAGUUCAACAUGUCUUAGAAAUGAUGGGACCUGCAUUAUAUCCUGAAAGUCUGGAGAAACAGAUGGUGAGCCCCUGGUGUGACUCAUGACAUAAGGGUCACAUUCUUAUUUUUACUGGACAGAAUGUUAUUGAUACCAAAGUUUUUAUUAAAAGAUUAUAAUCUUA